AAUAAUGUUAUGUAGGUACUGAAAAUUGCAACAACAACAACGCAAAUAAUAAUAUUUUUCGUAUCGCCUCUUUCGAAGCCGGUCAAUAAAUGAAUUCGAAUCAUAAUGGUCCCCUCGGCGACAGGUUCUAGCCGCAGCUAACCGGUACCUACCCGGUUUUCCAUCAUCACCUACAGCAAAGGGCACCACCGGACUUGAGACAUCGAAGGGUCAAACCGCAAUUAGUGUCAUUAUAAAAACACCGUUUCGCUCUGCAGUAUAGGUGUAUAUAAAGUGGAGGACGAAGGUUAGGUCGAACCUACCGCACUCGGUAUGGAGGCGGUGGACGUGGCGGCCGAACCUGCCGAGACCGCGGCUCGCCGGCCUCCGACCGUCGGGCUGGACUUCAACGAAGCGAUGGCCAACUUCAAGACGAUGUUCCCGACGCUGGACGACGAAGUGAUCGAGGCGGUGUUGCGGUGCAACAAGGGCAGCGUGGACAGGACGGUCGACCAACUGUUGACAAUGAGCUACGAGUGUCGGGCGGCCGACCUGCUCAAUAACGGGCCCGGCGACGGCGGCGGUGUGCCCGUGCAGCACGCGCUCUUCGACCCGAUGUUGCCCGACGUGCUGCACAACCUCGGCAAGAAGGCCGCCCGACAAAUCGGCGGCUCUUCGUCGAGUCGCUGGAACCCGCCGAUGCUCGGGCCCCUGCCCACCGACUUCCUCAGACUCACGACCUCAGGCGGUUUCACAUCACAAGUAAACGUAUCGGAGAGUGAACUCAACGACGAGCAAAUAGCGAUUCUGUUGCAAAACGAAGAAUUCCUCGUGCAGCUGCGCAAAAACGAACAAUUCCUCUCCACAUUGGAUAAAGACAGUCCUGUCGAAGAACAAAGGUUUUUCGUCCCAAAUCAGACGCCGGGUGACGAUGAUGCUGCAUUUAAAGAAAGGCUAAAAAAUAUGGGAAAAGCUUCCAGAAAGAAAUUUAUCCAAAUUGCCCGAGUAUUUACAGGAAAAAAGAAGAAGAGCUCUGCACGAAAUAUAAUGAAUCAAGGAGACACUCACACAAAAGACAAUUUAUUUUUACACGAGGAAGAACACUGAAAUAAAUAUUUUACUUAUUGUUAUUGUUUAGAAAAUAACUUUUUCUUUUAUAUUCAAUCAUGUUAUUGUUAUUAUCGUUUAGAAUAAUUUAAUAGAAAGUGUUAAAUAUUAUAGGUUAGAAAAUAGUCAAUAAAAUAUAACAAUUUAUUUAAAAUA